CCCUGGGAGGCCCGUGAAAAGGCACUUCGGGGCGCUCUGGAGUAAGGACCCCGGCUGUGGCAGCGGCGGUGGGCUCUGCCAGCCCCGGACCUCCUGUUCCCGACGGCUGCCCGGCAGGAGACGUCAACUCCCAGUCUCACAACUGUCCUACAGGGAUCACAAAGGUCACAAGAGUGAAAUUAGAUGUGGAAUAACUGUAAGAAUCAAUCCUGACCCCAGAAAAGGGACAAAGAACUUCCCUCCUUUCGAUAGAGAGGUCCAUAGCCACCACGAUGAGGAUAGCCAUCAUUGGUCAGAGCCUCUUUGGCCAGGAAGUCUACUCCCGACUCCGGAAGGAAGGCCAUCAGGUGGUGGGAGUAUUCACUAUUCCUGAUAAAGAUGGGAAAGCAGAUCCACUGGCCCUGGAGGCAGAGAAGGACCAUGUGCCCGUGUUUAAGUUUCCCCGAUGGAGGGCGAAAGGGAAGGCCCUGCCCGAGGUGGUUGAGCAAUACAAGUCUCUGGGAGCCCAGCUGAAUGUCCUGCCCUACUGCAGUCAGUUCAUCCCCAUGGAGAUCAUCAAUGCACCUGAACAUGGCUCUAUCAUCUACCACCCAUCGCUCUUGCCCCGGCAUCGGGGAGCUUCUGCCAUCAAUUGGACCCUGAUCCAUGGGGAUCAGAAAGGAGGCUUUACUGUCUUCUGGGCAGAUGACGGCUUGGACACAGGAGACAUCCUGCUCCAGAAGGAGUGUGAAGUUCUGCCUGAUGACACCGUGACCUCACUCUACAAUCGGUUCCUCUUCCCUGAAGGGGUCAAUGGAAUGGUGGAGGCAGUAAGACUAAUCACUGAGGGGAAGGCCCCCAAAAUACCUCAAACUGAAGAGGGUGCAACUUAUGAAGGAAUACAGAAGAAGGAAAAUGCCAAGAUCAACUGGGACCAGCCAGCAGAAGCCAUCCACAACUGGAUUCGAGGAAAUGAUAAGGUUCCUGGAGCCUGGACAGAGGCUAAUGGGCAGAUGCUGACGUUUUUUGGAUCAACCCUUAAUGACAAUGGUCUUGUGCCAGAGGGCGACACACUGGACAUCCCAGGAGCGAGUCGGCCAGGCAUCGUUGCCAAAAUGGGACUUGUCCUCUUUGGAAAUGAUGGCAAAAUGCUGGUGGUGAAAAACAUCCAGCUAGAAGAUGGCAAAAUGAUCCCAGCAUCUCACUUCUUCAGAUCAGCAGAUAGUACCACCCUGGAGCUGACUGAAGAGGAGCUGCUCACUGCAGAGGCCAUUCGGGAUGCUUGGCAGAGGAUUUUGCCCAAUGUUCCCGAGGUUGAAAGCUCCACUGAUUUCUUCAAAUCAGGAGCAGCAUCUGUGGAUGUUGUGAGGCUUGUAGAAGAAGUGAAAUUGCAGUGCAAUGGCCUGGAAUUAGAAAAUGAAGAUGUGUACAUGGCAACUACCUUUGGGGACUUCAUCCAGAUGCUGAUUAGGAAACUGAGAGGGGAAGAUGGAGAGGAAGAACAAGUCAUAGACUAUGUGGAGAAGUCCAUCAACAACCUGACUAUUCGAAUGCCUCACCAGCUCUUCAUCAACGGGAAGUUUGUGGAUGCUGAAGGAGCUAAGACCUACGAAACCAUCAACCCAACAGAUGGGACUGCCAUCUGCAAAGUGUCACUCGCACAGCUCUCCGAUGUUGACCAGGCCGUGGCUGCAGCAAAAGAUGCCUUUGAGAAUGGACUGUGGGGGAAGAUAAAUGCCAGAGACAGGGGCCAACUUCUCUACAAGUUAGCUGAUCUCAUGGAGGAACAUCAGGAAGAGCUGGCUACCAUUGAAUCUGUUGACUCAGGCGCAGUAUACACACUGGCCUUGAAGACACAUGUGGGCAUGUCCAUCCAAACCUUCCGCUAUUUUGCAGGCUGGUGUGACAAAAUUCAGGGUACCACCAUUCCUAUUAACCAAGCAAGGCCUAACCGCAACCUGACCUUCACCAAGAAAGAGCCAGUUGGGGUCUGUGGCAUCGUCAUUCCCUGGAAUUAUCCCCUAAUGAUGCUCUCCUGGAAGACCGCUGCCUGCCUGGCUGCUGGGAACACAGUGGUCAUCAAGCCAGCCCAGGUGACACCACUGACUGCCUUGAAAUUUGCAGAGCUGACGGUGAAAGCCGGCAUUCCCAAAGGUGUGGUGAACGUGCUACCAGGAUCAGGUUCCUUGGUUGGGCAGAGGUUAUCAGAUCAUCCAGAUGUGAGGAAAAUUGGAUUCACAGGCUCCACGGAGAUUGGAAAACACAUCAUGAAGAGCUGUGCUGUAAGUAAUGUAAAAAAGGUUUCUCUGGAGCUGGGAGGAAAAUCUCCCCUCAUCAUCUUUGCAGACUGUGAUCUGAGCAAGGCUGUCCAAAUGGGGAUGAGCUCCGUUUUCUUCAAUAAAGGGGAAAACUGCAUCGCGGCAGGCCGUCUCUUCCUGGAGGACUCGAUUCAUGACCAGUUCGUACAGAAAGUGGUAGGAGAAGUCCAAAAGAUGAAGAUCGGUGAUCCCUUGGACCGGGCCACUAAUCAUGGACCUCAGAAUCACCAGGCCCAUUUGAAAAAGCUGAUUGAAUACUGCGAGAAAGGUGUGAAAGAAGGAGCCACCCUGGUCUAUGGAGGAAAACAGGUUCCCCGGCCAGGGUUUUUCUUUGAACCAACCAUAUUUACCAAUGUGGAAGAUCACAUGUUUGUGGCCCAGGAAGAGUCUUUUGGGCCCAUCAUGAUCAUCUCCAGGUUCCCUGAUGGGGAUGUUGAUGGCGUGCUACAGCGAGCCAAUGCCACAGAAUUUGGACUGGCCUCGGGGGUCUUCACCCAGAAUAUUAACAAAGCCUUGUAUGUCAGUGAUAAGCUUCAGGCAGGCACCGUGUUCAUCAAUACCUACAACAAGACAGAUGUGGCAGCCCCAUUCGGAGGGUUCAAGCAGUCCGGAUUUGGCAAGGACUUAGGUGAGGCGGCCCUCAAUGAAUACCUGAAGAUCAAGACAGUCACUUUUGAAUACUGAAAAAGAAGCUCUCAGUGAGGAAAAAGAGCCAGCCCCAGCGUUGAGUGAACCCGCUGCCUUCCCCUGCUCUCCCAUCCUUCCUAAUAUGAGUCCCCUGGAGGGGAAGACAAAGAAGGGCUUUCAGUCACCUGCACAAUGUGACAUCCGCCCUACCUUGGGCUCCCUACCUUGGGUCCUCCCUACCUUGGGUCUUCCCUUUCCACUGGAGAAACACAACCCACCUUUCAUGCAGAAUUCUGCCCAAAUUCAGGGAAUAGAGGGUUAAAAAGAAACUAGCCUCUCCCUUCCUACCACUUCUGGGUGCCUCCCGUGAUAAAACAGCAUCCUGCCUUCAAAGAGAUCAACCAGCUAACACUACCCACCACUAAUGACCACUUGAAUGGGAAGGUCAAACACAUAUUGAAUGUGUUCUUUGCAUUGGUACACAUAUGGAGACCGAUGGCGCCACAAAAGCAAUUAUCAAAUUUUUGUGCUGAAAUUGAAAGGGUUAGAGCUGGAAGAGCCCUUUAAAUAUAGAAUAUGGGAGAUAGAAGAGCCCUUAGAACAUAGAAAAUGAGAGCUGGAAGAAACUCUGGAAUAUAGAAUGCCAGAACUGGAAGAGGGACUAUCUUUCUAAAUGAUAUAGUUUCCAUAUUUAGCAACCCCAUUUCUCCUCCUCUUCUUCUGUAUUUUUUCCAACCAUAUAAUGAGCAGUGGUUUAUUUUCAGCACAUACAAUGUCAGAGCUGGAAAGGACCUUAGAACACAGAAUGCAAGAUGACCUCUGUGUUAGAGACCUUAGAAAUUACCUAGUCCAACCUUCUCUUUCUGUAGAUGAGGUGAUCGAGAAAGUGAAGGGUCGGUCACACAGUGGUAGGUAUUCCAAUUGGAAUUCGAACCCAGAUCUUCUGAUCCCAUAAUACCUUUUCCUACCAUGUCAUGCUGCCUCCCUAGAAAUCCUUGCAAAUAUCAACUAACCAAGAAAUCAUUAUUGGAUAUCUACUAUGUACCCAACCACCAUUAGAAGCACUGAAGGGAAUACAGGAGAGGAAGACAUGACCUCUGCCCUUAGGGAGCUUAUAAUCAAGAUGGAAAGACACUAUUAACACUUGAGAAACAACUAGAGGGCAUAAGACAGUACAUAACCAAAUAGUAAGUUAUGUGGGUCAAAACUUCAGUGUUCUUCAAAACCAAGAGAAGAAAAGAGGAGGGUAAACUGAAGGAAUCAGUGAAGGCUUCGUGGAAAGGCAGAUCUUGUAAAAACCCUCCAUCAUUCAACACAGGAGAAUGGCUACCUGAAAUGAAAAUGCAGUACUUCGGUGUCAUUACCGUAUCUAUGUGACCUUUCCAAGUCCAGAAGGCUAGGGACCCCAUCUUUCCAGAUUGGAGAAUUUCUCUCUCUCUCUCUCUCUCUCUCUCUCUCUCUCUCUCUCUCUCUCCCUCCCUCCCUCCCCCCCUCCCUCUCUUCUUCCCUCCCUCCCUCUCGACUGUUCAUAUUUUGCACAUUGGUCUCAUAUAUAUAGAACGUCCAAGACAUCUCCUUCUCUAGUCCCUUUCAUCUGCUUCUUUGAGUGUGUCAGAUUCUAGUUACAAACCUUCAUGGCUCUUGCGCAUUUUUUAAAUUUUCUCUAAUCAUGCCCACUGCUCUCAGCCCCUCUCAUCAUAUCCUAAAACAAUCCUCUUCCUUGUAUGGGGGGCUAUGUUCCUGGGCUGGCCAAGAUGAGGUUCUGGAAGGCCUUUCCUGACUCCUCCAAGGCACUCUUACUUUUUCCAUUUAAUUUAACUUACAUUCAACUCAACAAGCAUUUAUUUAAAAGUUCUUAUGUGCUUUGGACCCAAAGACAAAAAAAAAUAAUCCCUAUCCUCAAGGAGCUUAUGUUCUACUUUCAGCCAAUGUAUAUAUUACUUCCAUAUGUCAAGGAGCCAUGUUUUGACUAAUGCAGGUACUCACAACUUCUCUAUGCCUUACCAGGUGGCCUUUGUGAAUUGCUUUAGUUGAAAAAAAAUUGUCACCCAGCAACCAACCUUAUGAAUGUCUCCAAAUUGAACUAUACUGACUGUACAUAAUUCACCACUGGGUCCAAACUCAAAGCCUUUGGAGGUUAGUAGGAAGCAUUUUUUCCCAUCCUAAAGUUCAACCCAAAAAACUCUUGAGCAAAUUUAUAUCCUAAACAUCCAGUCAAAUAGAUAAAACAGUAAUAGAUUCUAAAUCCUCCAGUAUCAUCGGACAUUUGCAUAAUUGAAUGAAACAAAUCAAGACAGGCUAGAAUUAAGCCAACAAUCAGUGAUCUAUAAUUCUAGAUGAACUCAUAGGAAGAAAAAAAGAGGUGUGAUUGGGAAUACCCUACUUGAUAUUUCCGAUAAGAGGUGAUUAGAGUUGAAAGGGAUGCUGGAUAUCAUCUAAUCCAACCCCUUUCAUUUUACAGAAGGGGAAACCGGGCAGUGAGGGUGGAGUUGAAAGAGGAAGGAUUGGGAAUCAGAGGACCUAGUUCUUGGUUCUUCCAAUGACCACUCGUGCUAGCUUGGGCAAGUCACUUAAAUUCUAUGGGUCUCAAUUUUAUCAUCUCUAAAAUGAUGGGGUUGGAUUAGCUGCCCUCUAACUUCCAACUUUAAACCUAUUACCCUAUGACCCAAAGAGACUCAAGGAAUGGGAGAAAUUAAAAAGACUUUAAUGGAUUAUAAUCCAACUUUCCCAUUUUUCAGAAAGAAAAGUAAGAUGCAUUGAAGUUAGUUGCUAAAGCCUAAGGUAACUCAGCUGAUAAGUGACAAAGCAGGGAUUUAAACCAUGUUUCUUUAUAUUCUCAAACAUUAUUCUUUUAGCGUGCAUGUAUGCGCAUACACACUUAACAGGUAGGAACACAGUGAAAAAUACAGACUUCAUCACAGAUUUUAACAUUUCUCUCAACUUGUAGAGUUAAAAAUAAACCACCCUUGUCAAAAAUGAAAACAAAUGUUCUAAAAUCAGGGGAGGAAAAUAAUGUAACUAGAAUGGCAAAAGAAACUAGCUAGUCAAUAUUAUCAAAACAAAAACUAGGUCUUGGGAAAAAUGAACAAAACAAUCCUUUAGCCAAAUUAACCUUGACAAAUACACAAUCUCAGAAAAUGGUAAAGCUAGAAGAACCCA